AUGGACGACCUUUUCAAAUCCGGUGAUAUAUAUUCUGCAACGAUCUGGGGUCCACAUGAGGCAAAUGCAGACGCUUCCGUGCUGCUCGACUAUCUCAAUAGAGCCCAUCGCCGGUUCCUGCAGCCAGACUUGAAUUUAGAUGCAUCCCAUGUUUCUCCCCACAGGUGGCUGGACCCGGAAUUCCAAAAUAACAUUGCAACUGCAUAUGCAUUGCUGAUGCUUUCCGCGGACAAUGCCAUCUUCACUCCCGGGACAAUAACUACGGUAGUGCGCCACAUUAUUUUUGCGAUGGAGCACGCAGAAUGCCCUCUUCACAGACACGUUGGGCUGAAGGUAGCUCACGUUAUCAAAGAGUCUCUGGUAAAUGUUACAGGUGAUGACCAAGAUCAACUCCUCCCAGCCUUGCAUUCUGCGACCUUUGGAAAUAUCCAGAGCAAUACCAUCACGCCAGGUGACGCAUCACUAGAUCGAUUCGUGUAUCCAGAGCGCGAUCUUCAUUAUUUGGAAGUACUUUUCGCCCUUGCAAAUAGCGAGCAUUGGCUGUCGCAGCUCCACCAAGACAGCUGUGCCCACAUGCAGCGGUGUAUUUCCAUAGCCAAAGCUAUUCAUACACCAUCUCAUAACGAGGACUACAGAGAACUCUCACUACGACUAGUCUUGAUAUUUGCCCACAUUGCAUGUGCUGACAAUUAUGUCUGGCCCAAAUGGACCGUCUGGUCUGAAGCGCGCCCAGAUAACCAGUUGCUGCUCGCUAAACAAGCUUGGGAGUAUCCGGGAAUACUCAGCGACUGUCCUGACGCCAUCCCUCUUCUCUAUGCGUUUACGAACAAGAUGCUGUUGAGCCUUAGGGAUGUGAAAUUGGCUACAUUUCAUAAGGACACGGUGAUUGUGGCCCUGGAUGGCAUUUCGAAACGGGUGGAGGUGGACGCUCGUAUGAAUGUAGACAGGAUGCCAGAUGCUUUGGAGGAACUCAUGGUCGUGGUACAUUCGAGGGACGAGCUGUUGAGGCAUUUUGGUGCACAAUGA